UCAAAACGCGCCGUUACUCUGGCAACGUUUGUGACGGUUUCCUUCGGUUGAACCCGAGUUUGUCAACUUUGUUUGUAAAAUAUCACGUUUGAUGCCAAAAAUAAGCUCAGACACAUUAUGGGAGCUGGCUGCGGCGGAGGUCCGCAAUCGGGAGAGCGGAGGCGGGGAGGAGGACGGAGGAGAGACGGUCAGCGAGAGGACCGUGUUUCUGAUGGGGAGCAAGUCUGGGGGUAAAACAUCCAUUCUCCUCAGGUGCCUCGACAGGGAUGAAUCAUCCAAGUCAACUCUGGCGCUGGAGUACACUUUUGGCAGACGGGCUCGAGGACACAGCACACCCAAAGACAUAGCCCACCUAUGGGAGCUGGGAGGAGGGACCUCUUUGUCAGACCUGGUCCAGAUCCCCAUCACUCCUGUCAGCAUCAGGUCUCUCUCUGUCAUCCUCAUUCUGGACCUGUCUAAACCCAAUGCCCUGUGGGGAACCAUGGAAAAGCUGCUGCAGGCAGCACAAGCUCAGUUGGAGAAAGUCUCUUCCCAGGCACAGCAAGCAGAGAAGGCGAAAGCUGCAGCCAAACACCAGACGUCUGUCCACUCAGCAGCACGUGUCUUACCUAAAGACUAUCCUGACAGAGAGCUGAUCAGUCCCUUUCCUGUUCCUCUGCUCAUCAUUGGCAGCAAGUAUGACAUCUUUCAGGAAUUUGACUCUGACAAGAGGAAAGUGGUUAGUAAAACACUGCGUUUUGUCGCCCAUUACUACGCAGCCUCUCUUAUUUUCACAAGCAUCAAGUCGGAGAGCCUAAUGUCAAAAACCAAGAGCUUCUUCUCCCACCUGGCUUUUGGUCUGGACAGAGGGAAAACUGUGUCCUGUGACUCCACCAAGCCUCUCAUCAUUCCAGCAGGUUCUGACUCCUUCAGUCAAAUAGGUUCUCCUUCUGCUACUGAUGUGGACAUAACUACGCUACAUGCCAAAAACCCCAAGGAUCUCUGGAAGAAAGUCUAUGAGCGUGUCUUCCCCCAAGAGAAUACCAGCGAGCGGAGGGAACUAAAGGAUCCAGCCAAAGACCCACAGUACAGUGAGCCUCAGAUUGACGCCAUGCGAGCCCAGAAAGACCAGGAGUUGGAGCAGUAUAAGAGAAAUGCAGCUAAAUCAUGGAAAGGACUGGAGCUGGAGACCUGACAGAUAACCAGCUUUAUGUUCACGCACAUACACCACACAUUAACGUACAUAUACACAUUGCAUUAUUUAUUUACUGGUGUGUCAUUGCAUUUUGUUUUUUUUUCUACUUAUUCAAUAAAUCAUACAACUUGUACAUCUGUAGUGAUGUUUUCUUCAAGCUAUUUUUAAACACUACAAAACUACUUGUACAGUGUACUGAUGCUAAAAUGUGUUCUAGAAAAAUAAACAAUUUUACAUUAUUA